GGUGCGCCCGCUGCCGGUCAACAAGAGAAACGCAGGCUUCAACAACAUGGCGACUCCUUGUACACCACGUGAUGCCAAGAGUGACGUCAGCAUUCCGCGCCGGAAGCAGCGAGGACACUGUAGGAGCACAGGCAGUGAUGGUGGAGUACAAGAUCCGCAGUUACGAGGGCUCUGACUAUGAGGUGGUCCGGGAUCUGUUCUCCCACGGGAUGAGUGAAUAUAUUCCCAGCGUCUGUAUCCAUGUGGUGAAGCGGCCAUGGGUCCUGUUUGUCAUUACCUGCAUGUUCCUAUCUUUGCUCUUCAGCUCUAAGUCCGUGAUCCUCCCGGUCUUGGCCGUCACCCUCUCGUUGGCCUUGGGCCGCCAUCUCCUUGGCUACUGCUGGAGCUUAUACAUCAACCAUUGCUUGAAGGAAGACCUGCAGGACAUUCAGAAGACCUACAUGGAGGACAAGGGCUCACAUUUCUGGGUGGCCGAGGUUGAGGACAGUGUGGUCGGGACAGUUGCAGCGAAGCCUUCAGAUGAGAACCCAGACGAGCUGCAGCUGAAACGAAUGUCUGUGAGGAAUGACUUUCGUGGUCUCGGUAUUGCCAAGGCCUUGUCCCGGGAGGUGAUCAGUUUUGCCCGGCAGCGAGGUUACCAGUCAGUUGUCUUAAACACGUUGAUGGUUCAGCGUGAGGCACAGAGGAUGUACGAGAGUGUGGGCUUCAAGAAGUACACAGAGUUUGUGCUGCCCACCGUGUAUGGGCAACUGGUUGACUUCACCAUCUCCAAGUACCGUUACGAUGUAUUACCGGCAAAAUGAUGUGUCACCAGGAUGCUGCUGCACAACCAGAACUCAGGGGACCGGUGGAGAAUGCCGCCAAUAAUUGUCAUCCUAGCGUGACCGCAGUCAGCUGUGCACGGGUUAUUAUAUGGAUUCAUGUUUUUUUUAUCUAUAGAGGUGAUUAAAUGCACAGAACUCAUUGCGUGGUUAGUGGACCCUGAAUAUAGACUGAUUCAGAAGUAAAUACUCCGUUGGGAGAACGGGCAAAGUCCUGGAGACGUCCUCUUUUGUCGAAUAUUCUAGGAAUGCCUCCUUAUAGAGAGUACCUAAACAGCGUGAGGAGGCUUAUAGGCCAGGCAACGCUCCUCUUGAAUCCUGGGCAGAGGGUUUGCAAAUGAACUCUUGUCAAGCUCUGACUCUGAUGCCACCAGAUGUAAGGUAGUUAUCCUAUAAGUCAAUGUUCAACCUUUUAGAGAGGCCUGGAGACAUGGCUCGGAUAAUAAAUAAGCCGGCCCCUCAGCAGUACAGAGCAUUAAGGAGGAAUAGUAUCUCCUGAAUCCUGACCAAGGCCUCUCACCCAGUUAAGCCAGUUCUCUCUGAUCUGCAAUGAUGAGGGGCAAUCACCCCGAAACAGCUGUCUGCAGAUGAGAUGCUGGCUUAGUUAUUAUCUGAGUCAUAUCUAAAGUCCUCUUAAAAGGUUGAAUAUUGACUUAUAGGAUAGCUGCUUUACAUCUGGUGGCUUCAGAAGCGGAAAUUGUUAAGACUCCAAUCAAAUAUUCUAUACAGUGAUAAGAAAUAUGGCUGCCAGGACACCUUCCUAGAAAAAGAAAAUAUACAUGACUGAAUAGAAAAAUUGUUUUACAGAAGAUGAUGGCUAUAUACUGGGGAAGGGGGAGCUAAAUAUAACACAGCUGACAUAUAUACUUUACUUAUUCUGUAUUAUACUCCAGAGCUGAACUCACUAUUCUGCUGGUGCAGUCACUGUGUACAUACAUUACAUUACUUAUGAUGUAC